AUGGCAUGGUUGAGGGAAGGAUUCACAUCAUUAAACCUUAUGCACUAUAAUGAAGGUGCCAGCUCCAGUAGUAACAUCGUCUUCCUUGCAAACAGGACUAAGGAGCGAUGGGUAGACAGAAGAUCCGGCAAAAUCACCUAUUUACUUCAUGCGGGAUCACUGAUUGAAAGUUCUGGUGCCGGACAAGAAUGCUGGAACCUUAGUCAUUGGGAAAAAACAAGCAGCAUUGCGGAACUUAAGAAAACCCAUCGCCUCCAUGUGAAAGGAGCUAUUAGUAUGCCGGAGCUGACACCAGGAGUUCUAUAUGAAGCUGUAUAUGAAAUUAAACUGAAACGUGGGGGAUAUGGGUGGGAACACCCAGUUACACUGACGCUAUCAGUCCCAGGUGAAAGAGCCAGAAGUCGCCGAGUAAACUUUUAUGAGCUGCCCAGAGGAGAGUGGAUAGAGGUGAAAGUUGGCGAAUUCAAAACAAGGCCCGGAGAAACAGGACAAGUGAGCUUCGAACUUCUCCAAGAUGAAGCACAUGAUAAAAAGGGACUGGUGCUUAAAAGCGCAAUUGUGCGGCCAAAAACCUGA